UCAGGCCCCGCCCCCGACGCCCGGGCCCGGUUGGAUGAUGGCGGUCGGGCGCGCCGCCGGCCUGGGCCUGCACCUGGCGGCGCUGCUCUGGUACUUGGCGGUCUUGCGCCAGAACGUGGCGAUCACCGCCGGCGGCCGGCACAUCGGCGUCGCCUCGUAUGGCGGGCGCUGGAAAUACCUCACCUUCAUCAACCUGGUUCUGCAGACCAGCUUUUUCGGAGUGUGCAUCCUCACAGAUCUCCUGAGGCUCCUUCCUCAGCCCAGUAAAAGAGUGCAGCACUUCACCUGCCGCAUCACUGUUCUACAGGACUGGCUCUUCUCGGCUCUGGCAUUCCCUGUGGGCUUUUUUGUCGUCAUGAGUUUCUGGUUGAUAUAUGCCUAUGAUCGUGAGCUCGUUUUCCCAAAGUUUCUUGACCAGAUCAUCCCAAUGUGGCUUAACCACGCCAUGCACACUGUGGUUCUGAUGCUACUGAUGGCGGAGCUAAUCAUUGUGCCACAUCACUGUCCCAAUCGGAAGGGAGGCAUCGCAGUUCUUGUUACUUUCUGCAGCUGUUAUUUACUGUGGGUCCUUUGGAUCCACCACAUCUCAGCCAUCUGGGUGUACCCCAUUCUGGAGGUGUUGAGCCCUAUUGCCAUGGGAAUCUUCCUUACUAUCGCUGUUCUUGUAAUAGUCUCACUGUACAUCGUGGGAGAGAAACUGCAUCACUGGAGAUGGGGUUCUGUGGAAUCGAUGAAGAAGCUGAAAUGAACAGCUCGGAAUUCCUAAUAUGAACAUGGCAGGUGUACGGUUUUUGUUGGGUGAUUGCUGCCGUCUCUUUAACCAAUUACGAUACGGAUUGACAACAAUAGUCUGAUGCUUCUCUCUCUCGCUCUCUGUCAUUUUUCUAUUCAAGAUGGAAUUCCAUUCGAGCUUCCUGUGGUGCCAUCAGUCUCCCAACUACUGACUCAUUCCCUACAUCAGUCACGUAGAGGUAAUAGCAAGGGAUAUCUAGUGCCACUAGAAUCAGGGAUGGGGCUCAGAAACUGGUCACUGGGUUUAGUGCUGCCACAAGCCCCACUCCUGUAAUCCCAGCCUUUGUCGCCAGCAUUUAACUCUGGCAAGAAGGAUGUGGUAGAAUAUAUUUCAUUGCAUAGGAGAAUUGGAGGACCUAAUUCCCUCACAUUCUGAACUCUCCAUGAACUAUGCACGACCAAACAGAAGGGUGAGCUCCAGCCCAGCUCUGCACUGUAACCUCUAUCUCAUUCCGUACACUGACCACUGACCCUGGACCUGUGAGCCUUGUGUCACACUUCAACAGCUAACUCCUGACCUGUUGACCUCGGGCACUGACUCAACCUGGGGACCUUGCGCGCCAUCACAUGUCCACAGCAGCAGCUCAUCUUGAUGUAAUUUUAAUGUGGGAUUUAACCCAAUCUUUGUUAAUAAACAGUAAUUAGUUGCUCCAUAAUGUCCUGGACUCAUCC